ACUUUUAGUGCACUUUCGAAGGCUGAUCUCGCCACAAGUCCGAAGAGUGAGAUUCGAAAAUGGGAUUCAUAUUCAAUCUGCGGCUGCUUGCCACCGUUCUACUCAUCGUUUUGUCCAGCGCACAUCGAGACCAUCAACAUGCACGCCAUGCCCGCGCCUCCCUUGGCCUAAAGAACGAGGCGGAAGCGGAGAGCGCCUACUGGCGAGAGAAAGCACAGCAGACGCUGGCCGCCAAGCUGGAAUCUCUGCAGGCGGUGAACACAAAUCGUGCCAAGAAUGUGAUCAUGUUCCUGGGCGAUGGUAUGUCCAUUCACACAAUUACAGCGACACGCAAUCUGCUGGGCGACAGCUCCGAGAAGGUGUACUUUGAGCAGUUCCCCUACACGGGUCUAUCGAAGACGUACUGCGUCAACCGUCAGGUGGCUGACUCGGCAUGCACAGCUACCGCGUAUUUGGGUGGCGUGAAGGGCAACUACGGCACGAUUGGAGUGAAUGCGAAUGUGCCACGCUACGACUGCACUGCAGCCAACGGUGAAGAAGAUCAUGUCGAUAGCAUUGCCAAGUGGGCACAAGAUGCUGGCAAGGAUGCGGGUUUCGUUACGACCGCUCGUGUCACGCACGCUUCGCCCGCCGGCGUUUAUGCACACACUGCGGAUCGCAACUGGGAGAAUGAUAUGGAGGUCGUGGAGGCUGGCUGCAAUCCAGAGGAGACCAUUGACAUUGCUCGCCAACUGGUCGAAUGGGAGGUGGGCAAGAACCUUAAGGUUAUCUUGGGUGGCGGCAAGAAGAACUUCCUUAACAACACAGUGCGUGAUGAGGCCGGUCAGCGAGGCUACCGACUCGACGGACGCAAUCUCAUCAACGAGUGGCUGGCCGAGAAGCAGUCGAGGAACGUCUCUGCCAACUAUGUGUGGAGUCGCAAGGGUCUGCAGCAGCUCGAUCUCGAUAAGACUGAUUAUCUGCUCGGUCUGUUUGCCAACGAUCAUCUGCCCUACGAUGGCGAUCGUGAACGCAAUCACGACCUCAGCCACUUGGCUGAUCCCUCACUCACCGAACUGACCGAGACGGCUCUGAAGGUGCUGCAGCGCAAUGAGAAUGGUUACUUCCUGUUCGUCGAGGGCGCACGCAUUGACAUGGCCCAUCACGACAACUAUGCACGUCGCUCGCUCGAGGACACUGCCGAGUUUGCCAGGGCUAUCCAGAAGGCUCGUGAACUGACUUCCGAGGAGGACACACUCAUCGUGGUCACAUCCGAUCACUCGCACGUGUUCAGCAUUAAUGGCUAUCCGGAACGCACUCAGGACAUUACUGGUCUGUCGGGCACUCUGGGCGACGACAAUAUUCCCUAUAACAUUCUCUCCUAUGCUAACGGACCUGGUUACUAUGCCAGCUUCGGUCAAGCCGAGGGUCGUAAGGUCAUCACGGAGAAGGACACCAAGAAUCCGCUCUACGUGAGUCCAGCCAUGGUGCCUCUCAGUGCCGACACGCAUGGAGGCGACGAUGUGGCUGUCUUUGCUUCGGGCCCCUAUGCUCAGUAUUUCAGUGGCACUUACGAACAGGCCAAUAUUCCAGCUUUAAUGGCCAGAGCUGCCGGCAUUGGACCUUAUGCCAAUGUUUAGUCAGUCUCAAAAAAACAAAAAUAAAAAAAAAGGAGGAAUUCCAUUUCUGUUUGUUGCAGCAUGUAAAAUGCAAUUAAAAGACGAAUACAGCAAAAAUGCA